GGUUGCGACAUGGUACGAACUGAAAAAAGAGGCAAGGUUUCCAUCUCGUCCCCACUAUCUCGCCGACAAAAUAUUCUAAUACGAAGGAACUGUUAUUAUUUUCCAUCAUUUAGUUAUUGUCUUGUCUAAUUAUAAACAAAAAUAAGGAGGAUGCGGGGUUUUUGCGGGUGUAAAUUUCGUUGUUUUAUUUAUGAUUUCAGGGCUGUUUACAAAUAUAGUGACAAGACUAUCGUACACGCCGCAUCAGGAACUGACUACCAAGAAUUCCGUUCACACUUUACCGGUGAGUUAUAUAUUCUUACAGUGGUAGGUUCCAGCUUUCAACGGGGGGAUGUUGUCUUAUUUGGCACUUAAAAAGACAUAACAGAGAGUAAGGAGAAUUAUUAUACAGAUCUUGAGAUUUUUAGGAUUUGGGGAGUCUAAUAGAGAAACGAACUCACAGGGUGCGAGCGAGAGACUCGUUUGCACGCGAGGUCGCUUAGUGGCGAACGACGAGAAGAAGUUCGACGUAGCCACUUAUUUUCGGCACGAAAUUGUGAGGUACAGGGGAAGGGCAUUAGUCAUGGCUUCAUGGCUCACUCGUAUCCGGCGUAGCAGGCAAUUUGUUGAGCUCACGCUUUUUCCGUCUCACACCCCUCUCGUCUUCGCCGCUUAAAGCCUCAAAGCGCACACGAAACUGCCGGCAACGAAGACUGACUCUCUCGUGGCUUAAACCUUUUUCGUUUUUCUUCCUUCAACGACGUAGAGCGUAUAUCUCGCGGUACAUCAUACACAAGUGCCUUACUAGCACUCGGAGACAUGCCAGUUCCUUUUUUUUUUUCCUUUGUGAUGAUAUAUCAUCUUUCUUUUUCGCAGAGAAACAUUGAGGUCCCAUGCACCUUAAGACUUCUCCCUUGUCUCGUACCCGGACCUUUCCCGGCUAAGCGGUUACAGUUACACGGUAGGAUCUGGGUACGAGAUUAACUUCCCCCCUCCUCAAAAUAGAUGACAACUUUGCUUCGUCUGAAAACAUAUAAUUUGUCUUAACAGAGGGUGAACGCGUCUAUGGGUAUGUCCGCAUCGAGACUGGCGACGAACUCAGCAAACGAGCCAAAUUUGCUUUCAUAACAUGGAUCGGUGAGGGCGUUGGAGCACUACAAAAGGCCAAAGUCAGUACUGAUAAGGCUUCAGUUAAACAGGUUGUUCAGGUGAGAUUUAAGCUAGAAAAAUCUCAUUUCUUCAAGGAUCACCUAUUUUCUAUCGCCUUGGGGAGAGGGGCUGAGUAUAUUUGGGGGAUCAGUACUUUCAGGGGGAACGAAGGGGGAACAGUCGUCGCCGAUGAGUAUAAAGGAGGGACUGUAAAAAAAAAAAUUGACUGCCAGUGAGGGAGGGGGGUGGGGUGGGUGGGGUUGAUCAUAAGAAUAUUAAAGAGCCUUAUGGGGGAAUCACGUAAAUUUUAUUGUGACACAACAAAAAUAUUCUGAUUCCCAUAUUUUGCUUUUGUUGCAGAGUUUUGCCGUGGAAAUCUUGGCAAACGAUCCAGAGGAACUCGAUUUUGAUCAUGUAAAAUCAGUUCUCGUCAAGGCUGGUGGAGCGAACUAUGGUACUGGAAAGUAACUCUAGGCCAAAGUCCACAAGCAGAGAAUUUUAUAUGGUUAUCUUCCUUCGUUAGAAUUGGUCAUAUUUCAUUGACAGUAGCUAAAUACCUCAAAAUUUCAUGUAACUACUUCUUAUGUACCUCGAUUUCCUGUGCUGUCUGGAUCAGAUGGAUAAAUGGAACUCUCUUUUGAUUUAAUUACUGGAUUAACAGAUCUUAAUUGAAGUCUAGCCAGUUCGGCGAAAUUUGAUUGGUCUUAAUGUACAGAAAUGCCUUCGUUUCGAAGAAGAAUAAAAUCUCAGGUACUAUUUGUUUAGAAGUAUUGGUGUAACUCUUACUCGAGGGACUUUCACUUGAGUAUCG